AUGUCUCUAAUCAAUGCUUAUUUUCGACGAUGUCUUGCACAAGUUGUUGUUGAGAAAAAGACAUUUAAACGUGAUAAACCACAUAUUAAUAUUGGUACAAUUGGUCAUGUUGAUCAUGGUAAAACGACUCUAACAGCUGCUAUUACUCGAAUUCUUAGUGAAAAAAAAUUAGCUAAAAUAAAAAAAUAUGAAGAAAUCGAUAAUGCACCUGAAGAAAAAAAACGUGGUAUUACAAUCAAUGCAGCACAUAUUGAAUAUUCAACAGCGAAUCGACAUUAUGGUCAUGUGGAUUGUCCUGGACAUGCUGAUUAUAUUAAAAAUAUGAUUACUGGUUCAUCACAAAUGGAUGGUGCAAUACUUGUUGUUGCUGCAACUGAUGGUGUUAUGCCACAAACACGUGAACAUCUUCUUCUUGCUAAACAAAUUGGUAUUGAAAAAAUUGUUGUUUUUAUGAAUAAAGCAGAUGCAGCUGAUAAAGAAAUGAUUGAAUUAGUUGAACUUGAAUUACGUGAAUUACUAACACAAAUUGGUUUUGAUGGUGAACAUACUCCAAUAAUACCUGGUUCAGCAUUAUAUGCACUUGAAGAUCGAGAUCCAAAAUUAGGUAAAGAAGCUGUAUUGAAAUUAUUCGAAGCUGUUGAUACAUAUAUUCCCGUACCACCACGAGCUAUUGAUCAACCAUUUUUAUUACCUGUUGAGCAUGUCUAUUCAAUACCGAAUAAAGGUACGAUUGCAACUGGACGUGUUGAACGUGGUAGUGCAAAAAAAGGUGACCCAAUUGAAGUUGUUGGACAUAAUAAACUUAAUAAAGGAAUUAUUGGAGGUAAAGAAUACAAUUGGUACACCAGAAUAAAUGUCUCUCGAACAAAGGAACAUAAAUAA